AUGUUUUCGAGCGGGAAUAAUUCCAAGGAAAUACCUCCGCCGCAGGCUCCUAUAUAUGUUGGGAGAUGUUCGAACGCUCCCCUCUUCUUUGCGACCACAACCCCAUCUCCGCCUUCUAUUCUUCUAACAUAUACUAUCCCUUCAGCUCCCAUCUACCCACACAACACAAUGGACUUCGGACCCGCUAGCGAAUUCCAUAUGCGCCUCUGCCUGGCCCUCAAGACGGUCGGGAUGGAUUUUCCCAUGAGCUACUUGCUCUUGGGUGUUAUAAUCAAUAUGUUUGCUCUCAUCAAAACCAACUCUGCGAACUUUCUCUUGGAUGCUCGAACAAUCAACGACAUCCUCUCCCUCAAGCAAGAAAUCAUCCUUCUUUCUAUCUACUAUGAUAUCGAUACUUUACUUCAAUUCGAGUCCCUCAAGUUGAUCCCAAGCAACUUGAAGUGCGACUGCAAGGCCUUAGGAAUAAACCGAAAGGUUCUAGUUAAGAAGAGUAAACUGUCCGCCAAGGUUAGUGCUGCACUUAAUAUCCUCCGGAACUUCCCUGACCAAAGAAACCAGGACAUGCAACUACUCGAUGAAGCGCAAACGCUUCUGCGUUGCCUUGCGCUUGUAAGAUACUUCAUGGCCGACCCGAAUAUGGAGGUCGACGUUCUCAUCGCGGAUUUCAACCGCUCAAGCUUAGUCUAUCUACCUCAUGGUACUAUUCGAAAGCCAGGGUUGGACUACGCGUCAUUCGGAAACGCCCAGUCUCGAGCAUUUGGAGCUUAA